AACCACCGUCUUAGUGGGCAAGAUGCUCCUUUAUGCUUGGCUUACAGUGCUUUUGGGUGCAAGGGCGAUGGGCCAGGAUGGCGAAAGUAUUGCAUCCAGCUUUUUAUCAGGACUUCUGGAUACAAUAACAACUACCGCAGAGAGCAAAAAUUGUCCUGGUGUUUGUGUCCAUACCCUAGCGACGCUAAUUUGUUACGAGGUGAUGGAAGAUGUACCUUGCCCUUCACCUUCUAUGAGGUGUUGCAUAGAAACACCCCCAGCAAACACGACAGUUUCCACAGUAGCGACAGCCACCAGCCCAAGUAAGCAUCAUACUACGAUGCAACAUACGACCACUCCACCAACAAAAAAACCCCAGAUAAUAACAGGCAAACCGAAACCAGAAGUGGCUGCCAGCACAAUGACCAAACAGGAUCCAGGCAAGAACUGCCCUGGAGUUUGUGUAGCCGAGAGGAUUGCAGAUUAUUGUGAAGCUGUGCUUUCGCACAAUAAAAACACGACUGGGCCCCUCUGUAAAGAAGGACUAAGAUGUUGUGUCACAAGGGACGCUUUUCCAAAUGCUCAAGCUCCAUCACCUCACAAUCGAAACACUACUUCCGGAUUCACACACCGGCCAACCACAUUAACGACAACUGCUGCUCCUACGACAAGGCCGCCACAAACAAGUUCUCCACAACAAAACAAUGGGCAUGAAUGCCAGGGUGAGUGUGUUAAUGGAUUGUUAGCACUCUUUUGUGAUGAUAUAGACACAGAAGCGACUUGCACUGGGGAGUACAGUUGCUGUAUAACAAAUCCUCCUUCCGGUGGCAGUGAAGGAGGUGAAUCACCACAAAAGAGGCCGCCUCCCAGGCAGCCACCGACUACAACGACGACUCGAAGGACGACACCUGCUCCAACCCAACAACCUCUCCCACGUUGUCCUGGUUUCUGCCUGGUGAACAUAAUGGCAGGAUUUUGUGAAAGACCAUCCGUUCUUAUCCCCCACACUUCUACUUGUCAAAGAGGAUCAGUUUGUUGUGACAACACAAGACAACCAGUUACAAAACCAAAACCUAGACCGACACAGCCCACAACGACUCCAAAACCGUCUCCUCCCGACAACAGACCUGAUUGUCCAGGCUCGUGUAUCGUCUCAUACUUAUCAUUCACGUGCUUUAGAAAUGCUGAGAUGACUGAGCUGUUUAAAUGUAAGAAGUCAGGGACACAGUGUUGUGCACCAAAAUCAAUAACACGAGGAGAAAGUAUAAAUAAUAAUGAGAAUACCAUAUCGAGAAAUGAUACUGUUUUAACGUCUCAACAGUCACAUAGGCCCGUCCAUCCGACGGUCAGACCUCCAUCACAUCAUUCGACAAUAGGCCCACCGAGUGGAACGGUUGCUGCUACAAGACCUCCAGUGUAUUCGAAAUACGUAUGUGGAGUCAAAGGUACAGAAAGGAAUGGGAGAGUAGUCGGUGGUGAAGAUGCUGGGCCAAGUGAAUGGUGCUGGCAAGUAGCUCUAAUCAACUCGUUAAAUCAGUACCUUUGUGGAGGGGCUCUUAUCGGAACCCAGUGGGUAUUAACAGCAGCCCACUGUGUCACAAACAUUGUGAGAUCAGGAGAUGCUAUUUAUGUGAGAGUCGGUGAUGAUGAUCUGACAAGAAAAUACGGUUCGGCAGGGGCUCAGACGCUCAGAGUAGCAACCACAUACAUACACCAUAAUCACAAUUCACAAACCUUAGACAAUGAUAUCGCACUCUUGAAACUGCAUGGGCAAGCGGAACUUAGAGAUGGUGUUUGUUUAGUAUGUCUUCCGGCAAGAGGAGUAUCGCAAGCAGCUGGAAAAAGAUGUACUGUAACAGGCUAUGGUUACAUGGGAGAAUCUGGUCCAAUACCACUUAGAGUAAGAGAAGCAGAAAUUCCAAUUGUAAGUGAUAUGGAAUGCAUUAGAAAAAUUAACGCAGUUACAGAAAAGAUAUUCAUUUUGCCUGCAAGCAGUUUUUGUGCAGGUGGUGAAAAAGGAAAUGAUGCUUGUCAGGGAGACGGAGGCGGCCCCUUGGUGUGCCAAGAUGAUGGCUUCUAUGAACUUGCUGGUCUAGUUUCAUGGGGUUUCGGUUGUGGAAGAAUGGAUGUACCAGGUGUUUACGUGAAAGUCUCAUCCUUCAUCGGUUGGAUAAAUCAAAUAAUAAGUGUAAACAAUCUGUAAGAAUUUAAAUUAUUAUUUGAAAGCCAGGACAGCUUUAAUACGACAACGGAAUAUCUCUUGAAUCGUAACGAUCUUUAUUUAAGAGCUUUACUUCGGAUUAUCAAUAUCUUAUUUAUUUAUUCUUCCUUGCUUCGUUCUGUUGAAAUGGAGGAAGUUUUGUUCAUUUUUGAAACUUUUGUUUGUGUGAUACUCCAUGUUGCAUUUUGUAUACUAGUAUUGAUAUUAUAUCAAUCUUAAUUGUUCAAUAAGUUUAUCAAAAUCUAGUAUUAAUAGUUUGUUUAAUUAUUUACCUUUAUAGUGACGUUCUGCAAGAAAGAACACCAUAAACGAAUUUGAAAAUGUACAAAACUAUAAUUAUUAUUACCUUGUAAAUAAUACUUAUUUUGUGUAGUCAGUGUGUCACAAAACAAAUAGAACUUUGGCAAUGAAGAAAAAGUACCGACCCAAAAGAAAAUGUAUUAAUAAUAUAUGUUGUAUAUUUUAUUCUCUCUAAUGGUUUGUUGUUAAUUAAUACAUGUUAUUAGAUACUUUUUGUUCCAACUGUUUUUGAUUUCAAUAAAUCAUUAGAAAAGUA